AUGGAGAAUCAGGAUAGCUCCUCCUUCAGCAGCCUUCGGGCUUAUGGGCAGGCUCUGGCGCAGACCACGGGGCGGCUGCGGAGGCGAGCCAUGUCGGUGACGACGACCUACGAGGAGAUGAGCAGAGUCAGGGCGAGGUCGGGGGCGGACAUGCAGAGCACCCUCAGAUGGCCCUCCCUCGUGGGCCUCGGCAUCGGCGGCAUGGUCGGCGCCGGCAUCUUCGUCACCACCGGCCACGCAGCCAGGUCCUACGCUGGCCCUGCCGUCGUACUGUCCUACGCCAUUGCCGGUCUCUGUGCUCUCCUCUCCGCUUUCUGCUACACCGAGUUUGCCGUAGAAAUGCCAGUCGCCGGUGGGGCCUUCAGCUACCUCCGAGUCACCUUCGGUAAGCCCGUUCCUCCUAGGAAGCUUAUACCGGCGCUGCUCCCCUGUCUCACCGUCGUCUCUAACCUAUCUAGAAUUUAAUUCAUCUUCCGCAGGGGAAUUCGCCGCCUUCAUGACCGGCGCCAAUCUGGUCACGGAGUACGUCCUGUCGAACGCCGCCGUGGCGAGAAGCUUCACUGCCUACCUGGGCACCGCCCUGGGGAUCGACACGACCACCAGGUGGAGAAUCGCCGUCGCCGGCCUGCCGGAGGGCUUCGACGAACUGGACUUCCUCGCCGUGGGCGUCGUUCUGGCUAUCUCUCUCUGCAUCUGCCACAGCACCAAGGAGAGCUCCGUCCUGAACAUGGUGCUCACUGGGAUUCAUCUUGUGUUCAUCCUGUUCAUCAUCGUGGUGGGGUUCUGGCGAGGAGACGCCGGCAACUUCACCCACCCCGCCGAGCCGGCGAUCCAUCCGGGAGGGUUCCUUCCUUACGGCAUCGGCGGGGUCUUCAACGGCGCCGCCAUGGUCUACCUCAGCUACAUCGGCUACGACGCCGUCGCCACCAUGGCGGAGGAGGUGGAGACCCCCACCCGCGACAUCCCCAUCGGUGUCUCCGGUUCCGUCGCCAUCGUUACCCUCCUCUACUGCCUCGUGGCCAGCUCCCUCUCCAUGCUAGUCCCCUACGACGCGGUAAUCUCCACCACUCCCUCCCUCCUCCAGUCCACCUAGAGAGAGAGAUUAGAGAGAGAGAGAGUUAGAGAGUUAGAGAGUAAGAGAGAGGGGGGGGGGGGUUACUAGGUUCAAGACGCACGUUGGGUUUUAAAUGGGCUAAACCAAAGCUGUGAAGUACAGCUUCGGCUGGCUGGCUGGCCCGCCGGCUCAAUUAUUUGGACAGAAAAAAAGGACUCCCUACUAGGACUAUCGGGUUAGAGCCUUGAUUUGGCGGCGGCCGGCAAGAUCUUCUCCCCCGUUCAGAAUAUUUUUUUAUACUAAUUAUGGUGUUUGACUUGUUGUGUGUCAGAUCGAUGAGGAGUCACCGUUCUCGGCAGCCUUUGAAUCAUCGGACGGCUGGCGGUGGGCCUCGAACGUCAUCGGAGCCGGCGCUUGCUUCGGAAUCCUCACGUCCCUGAUGGUCGCCAUGUUGGGUCAAGCGCGGUAUCUCUGCGUCAUCGGGCGGUCCAACGUCGUCCCUAGCUGGUUCGCCCAAGUCCACCCAGCUACCUUCACCCCAGUCAACGCCUCCGCCUUCCUCGGUAUGUUCAUAUCCCCCCGAAGUCUCCCCCCUCCGACAGUCGAAUUAACUGAUCGAUGGCCCAAAAUCAUCCCGGAUCUUGCCUGUCUCUCACCGGGCCCCCCAUGGGGGCCACAAUCUAGUUAACUUUUCUCAGCGCUUAGAGCCAUAUAUCUCUCAUUUUGGCGUGUUUCUCGUGGUCCACCGACUCUCUCUCUCUCUCUCUCUCGCUCGAUUUGUCUCUCUGUACAGCCUUAUGCUGAUCACGACUCGUGAUUCGUCCGAUGCAGGAGUUUUAACGGCGGCCAUUGCCCUCUUCACGGACCUCAGCGUGCUCCUUAACCUGGUCUCCAUCGGGACCCUCUUCGUGUUCUACAUGGUGGCCAAUGCCGUGGUGUACCGGCGGUACGUCACCGCCGGCACGACGAGCCCUCGACCGACAGCGGCCUUCCUCUCCACCUUCUCCUCGGUGGCUCUCCUCUUCACCCUCGUAUGGCGAUUCGCGUCCCCGGGCCGAGCCAAAUCGGCCCUGCUCUGCGGCUGCGCCGCAGCGGCGCUGCUGGCGGUGCAGGUUUUCCAGUUCUCCGUCCCGCAGACGCGGAAACCUGAGUUCUGGGGGGUGCCACUGAUGCCGUGGCUCCCCGCCCUCUCCAUCUUCCUUAACGUCUUCCUUCUCGGCUCCCUCGACGGGCCCUCGUACCUCCGCUUCGGCUUCUUCUCAGCGCUCGCCAUGGCGGUCUACGUCUUCUACAGCGUGCACGCCAGCUUUGACGCCGAGGAGAACGGCCGCCUGGCGGCGAAGGAAGGCGGCCAGCAUCCCCACUCGCCGGCCGCUCCCGAAGAUUGCGGCCUAAGGGUGUAG